UUUCACGUGCGAUGGUCCCUUCGGAGUAUUGACUCCAACAUGCCUCACUUGUCCUGGUUUUAGCGGGUAGUUAAACAAACUGCCACUCAAACCUGGUGGUCUUUCUUCUUGAUUACAUUUAGGUUCUUUUCUCCUGAAAAUAACGAGUGUCUUUGACAGAUGUCUGUUGUUUUCAGUCUGGGCAGGAUAGAGCCCAAGAUGUCACUCAUCAAUACAUCGGCUGGUGCCUCCUUGGCACUCCUGAAUAUUCCUUAUUGUGAAAGCAUAUAUAUCAUGCGAAAGGCAAAAUAGAAUUUCAGACUGAAUUCCUGUGUUUUGGUCUCUUUUAUCAUUUGUACAAUGCUAGUUCGUUUGCCUUGGUCUAGAGUUGCAGGUGCCAGUUUGGAACUACUCCCCUCGAGGAAGGACACAAUGCUCCACCAUUCAACGCUGCUAUUUUACAAGAAUCCAAGUAUCUCCAUUGAGCAGACACUCUGCGCAUACUCUGCAGCUUGACUCUGCUCUUCCAAGACGACGGGAUGGAUGGAAGUACACCUUGCGUAGGUGCUCCCACUAUUUGCACAGUUGGGUCCCGGCUGAAGUGAUUUCAGGACCGCGAACAACAAAACCUUCAGCCCCUAGAAGAACUGAAUGUUGCGAUUGAUAACAACUUGAGCUUAGAGAAAGGCCAACAUGAUAAUAGAUGCUGUCGAGACACGUUGCUCGAGGCCAGUCAUGGGAUUGGCAAUCUGAUCAGGUACCUAGGUAGUUUUGUCAAUCUUCAGCUGCCAUCCGCAGUUGCGGUUCUUCCCUCAACUCCAGAGCAUGCCUUAGCCAGAAAGCCAAGGAAGUCAUCUCCAAUUGCAAGGAGACUACCUAGGUACCCAGCAGCAACCGGAACUGAAUAUGCAGUGCAGCUGUGUUUGUAGAUCAACAGUGAAUACCUACCUCUAGGCAGUCACCUUCUUGCGCCAGUUCCAGGUUUCCAUCCCAUAGAGGUAACAACAACGGAGUCUAUCGUCGCUCUCGUGCCUGCCGCCUCACCAAGCAAACAGAUGGGGGUUGCUCGAACUUCUAUUUUAACCCUUCUCCCCUCAGCCUCCCCCUCUCCUCUUCUCUCCCCAUUAUUUUGACCACGAGUCUUCAACGGCCACUAUCGCCGCCGCCGCCGCUGCCGUCGACAUCAGCUGCCGUCCACGCCCUAUUGUUGUUACUACAAAGCUCCAUCUACGGAGCAACACAGGAGUGCUAUUGCUCACAAAGCGUUCAGGCUUCACCUCAUUGACUCGACAACUGGAGCUCACCAUGUCGGCGCCUUCUGUGCAGAGCCCGGCUUUCCAGGCCAGACCUGGAGCAACUUCAACUGCGAACAGUCAAGGCAAGCUUGGGCAGAUCCGAUGCAUGAACGGCAAGGAGUGGCAGGACCGCUCUGCCUUCAACCCCAAGAGACUUAGAGAGUACGAGAACAUGCGCCGUUCCAACAAAGCAGUCACAGCGUACAACUCCUUCAUCUCGUGCAAAGCCCAUUCGGGACAUGAUCCUAGGGACCAGCAAUGCCAGGGCAGCUGCAUGCGUAUUUUACCCUUGGAGAAGUUCAGCAAGAAUUCCAGGAAGCUGCGCACGUUCAAGUGCAUUGAUUGCACUCAGCAUCAGCUAUACCUCCAGCCUCAUGCUACUGUUCCUGCUCCAAACACUCUUUUGACCACUGCAGAGAAGGAGGAGCUUGCUCGCGCUCGCCUCCGCCGCAAGGCCAGACUGGUCGCUGCUCUGGCUUAUGAAGACGAGGAUGAGGAGGAUGAUGAUUCUCUCUAUCGCGACGACCAGUCUGUUCUCUCUACUGCCUUUGGUGCCGGAAGCUCUGUUUCAGGCGCUAUCACUGGCAGCCCGUCUGUUUACUCUUCGAGGUAUUCGGAGGCCGGCACAGGUUACAGCAGCCAGAAUCAACCGCCCCAUAUGCGCAGCGAGAAUGGCUUUGCCGCCACCAGCGCUUUGGCGGCCCGGUUGAACCAAGAUAGCUCCUCUCCCAGUGUCAAUGCCUGGCGCACCCAGGGUUUCUUUUCCGACAGCUACACUACGGUUUCGACCUCAAGCAAUGCAGGUUAUGUCCCGAGUGACGCGCUCUUGACUGACGGACAAUCCACUCUCGGCCCCGAAGAUUCAGGUUCGGUUGCUGCUGCCCCAGACGAUGACGAAGAGAACAACGACCGUCCAACCGCUCAGCGCAAGCUCAUUGCCGAUCACACGACCGUUACGGAGUUUUUUGAAGCUGAGGAGUCGUGGAGGGUUGAUCGCAUUAAGGAGUCUAUGUCGGGUAAUUGGGUCAAGCUGCCUGGUCGCAAAACAUUGCCCGAAGUCCCUCGUUACCUCCGCGAUGGCGAGGAUGAUUACGACAAUGAUGCGUACUCUUUUGAUGGCGAGUCUGAGGACGAGCUGUAAGAUCGCAUCCUAUCUGUACCCAAAAUGGGAAAUGCCAGAUCAUAUAUGCUAGUUCAGGUUCAGUUGAUUGGCAUCGCCAGUCUUGGAAGGAAAUGGGAGUGUCGCAACAAAGGUCGUCGAGGAAUGGAUUUUCUUGAUUGACCACGGAAAUAUGGUCAAUAGUCCAGCUGGAUCUUACGUUUUUGCGUUUCUCUUGCUAUGAGGCAUUCUAUAUUCAUCGAGAUGGUCGCGGAGUUAGACAUACUCAUCUUGGUAGAGGAGUACAACGGCCAAGGUAUCGAUAAAGGUUAUGAGAGAAAUGCCAGCGAUGAUAUUCAUUCAUGAU